CCCAGCUGACACAUAAAGAAGAGUCUCUGUGUUUAGGGAAGCUUGGGGCUCUGCUCCUUUACUGCAAGAGAGCCUGAACUCAAUCAGUGCAAUUUUUUGAAGCAUGGCCUGAGGGAUCCGGUCACUAUCAAGUCAGACUACAAACAGUGAAAGGUUGCUACUAUUGCCAAAUAGGAAAAUUCUGAAGAUACCAAAGCUACACACAAGGAACACGUCAUUUAGCACCUUCACUUUUUGAUCCCUACACCAGACAAUGAGAAGUCACGCCGUAACAAUGCCAACCACUUCGGCCUACAGCUGGCCUUGGUCCUCUCAGGGAGUGAACUUUACAGCUAAUCACAGCAUCCCAACGCCACACACCAUGUCAGGAACAUCAGAUACUGGCUGUGUCAUGGAUGAGAAACUGCUCUCUAGCGUGUUAACAGUAUCCUUCUCUGUUAUUUUCAUCGUGGGACUGGUUGGAAACAUAAUCGCCCUCUAUGUAUUUCUGGGUAUCCACCGCAAGAGAAACUCCAUUCAGAUUUACCUACUGAAUGUAGCCAUUGCAGAUCUCUUACUGAUCUUCUGCCUGCCUUUCCGCAUAAUGUAUCACAUUAACCAGAACAAGUGGACACUCAAUAUGAUCCUUUGCAGGGCUGUGGGAACACUAUUUUAUAUGAACAUGUACAUUAGCAUUAUUUUGCUUGGAUUCAUCAGUUUGGAUCGCUACAUAAAAAUCAAUCGGUCUAUACAACAACGGAAGGCAGUAACAACCAAACAAAGUAUUUAUGUUUGCUGUAUAGUAUGGACAGUUGCUCUUGCUGGAUUUCUAGCUAUGAUUAUAUUAGCCCCUAAGAAAGAAGGCCAUGAUUCCAAUAAUUCCACAAUGUGCUUCCAUUUUAGAGAGAGGACGAAUGCCAAGGGAGAAGCAAUUUUUAACCUCAUUCUUGUGGUAAUGUUCUGGCUAAUUUUCUUACUAAUAAUCCUUUCAUAUAUUAAGAUCGGCAAGAAUCUACUGAGGAUUUCUAAAAGGAGGUCCAAAUUUCCCAACUCUGGUAAAUAUGCCACCACAGCUCGGAAUUCCUUUAUUGUACUCAUCAUUUUUACUAUAUGUUUUGUUCCGUAUCAUGCCUUCCGAUUUGUCUAUAUUUUUUCACAGCUAAACAAUCCACCUUGCUAUUGGAAGGAAAUCGUUCACAAAACCAACGAGAUCAUGCUGGUUUUCUCGUCUUUCAAUAGUUGCUUAGACCCAGUCAUGUAUUUCCUGAUGUCCAGUAACAUCCGCAAAAUAAUGUGCCAGCUUCUUUCUAGACGCUUUCAAGGGGAAGCGAGCAGAAGUGAAAGCACGUCAGAAUUUAAACCAGGGUACUCCCUGCAUGAUACAUCUGCUGCAGCUAAAAUUCAGUCUCCUUCUUAAAUCACUUGAAGUAAACACAUUAAAAAGAAUGAGAAAAUACAACAUCUUAAUACUUUGAAGAACUAAAACCUAUGAAACAAAGCUCUAGCAUUUGCAAAGCUCAGAUGUGCUCAAAGCUUGUUGCAUAUUUGUGAUAUUUCAUUUGCUUAGUUGUAAAAUAUUUCAAGGGCAAGAGAAGCUUAUACUCAUCACUAGAUUUUAAAUCUGUAUGUAAAAUCUUUUCAAAACAUGUUGUUAACACUCUUAACAUAGAUUAUAGAGUUAAGUGAAAUUUAUAGUUUUAACAACAGAAUAAUUAAAAUAUCAUACUUUCUCAAGUCACUAAAGUAGUUACUCAAAAUUAAGCACUUAAUAUUAGAGUGUGUUUCAAAGGUAAAUGAUUUGGAGACGCGUGGAUGGCUUAGUCGGUUAAACGUCUGGUCAUGAUUUAUUUUGAGAGAGAGAGAGACAGAGUGCACAACUGGGGAAGGGGGGAGGAAGAGAAUUCCCCCUUCCCCACUUGUGCACUCUGUCUCUCUCUCUCUCUCUCAAAAUAAAUAAAGUUUUUUUUUUUAAAAGAUAAAUGAUUUGAGGACCAACAACAUGUCAGAAAAUAUGUUCUUUUUCAUUUAAAAAGCCUGUAUAAUUUGCUAGUGUAUUCAUUUAUGCCUGAACCUCCAUAAUAGAUGACAUAAUAAAAUUCUACUUAAAAAUUGAAAACAUUUAUUAUCUAUCACUGCUUAGAUAAAAUAGAAUUUAAAUACUGUACAAUAAAGUCAAAGAACAGAUAAGCUAAGAAUUUGAUAGCCUAGCAAUAGGACUUAAACCCCCACCUUCCUUAAAGCAGAUUUAUGAAUGACUCUGCCAUCUUGGACCACACUUUACUGGAGUAAAAUUGAAGAUAUGCACACCUUAUGAUCCAUCAAGUCUGCUACUAGGUAUACAUUGGACAGAACCACUCAAGCAUGUUCACAAAAAAACAUACAUAAUCAUGCUCAGUGAACUACUAGUUGAUAACAUCAAAAGCUUGGAAACGACCUAAGUUGAGUAUGCAUCAGCAAAGGAAUGGAGAAAUACACUGUGGCUUAUUCACAAAAGGGAGUAUUACACAGUGCUUCAAAGAACUACACCUGCAUGCAUCAACAUGGAGAAUCAACAAAAAACAAUGUUGAAUAAAAAACACCCUCCCCAGACCCCAACUGCAAAAAGGGUAUAUACCAUGUGAAAUCAUUUAUGUAAAACACAAAAACACAUAAAAUACCACAUUAUUUAUGGAUCUAUAGAUAUGUAACAACAAAAUGUGCAUAAUAUACACAACAUAACACACCAACCUAAGGUUAAUGGUUGCAGCUGUAGAGAUUUGAAGCCAACAUGGCAAAAUGUUAAUGUCUGUUAAGCCUCUGUGAUAGUACUUGGGUAUCUGUCAUAUUAUUUUUGGCAUAUUGCUGAGUGUUUGAAAUAUUUUAUAAGAAAACAAAAUUAUAGAUUAGAAUUAAAGGAAGCAAGUUCUGAAAUUUUCGUGUAUGCUCAAAACUAACUGGAGACUAAGCUCCAAGAGAAAGGGGUCUUAUUUAUCAAAAGGGCUCCUGGGAGAUUAGUGUGUUGCAAGGCACACUGAGAUGUAUCCGCUGAAUAAAUGAAUGAGUGGAUGAAUGAGACAAGGAGGGAGGGAAGGGGUGCUUAACAGAAUUGAAAAUGUGGGUGUAUUUCGUUUUUUUCUUGUUUGGUGUAUCUGGAUAUAACUGCACAGAGCAUCAUACAAUUGGAAUCAGGAGAUGUCAUUAAAGGAAGCAUUCUUAAAAGUU